ACGCGUCUGUGAUCCCUACAAAGGGCUCUCUCAGUAGGCAGCUCAGUAUAUAGUUUUCCCCGUGACUCGCCACACGCCCAGCAGUCACUCAUUAUUAGUUGCGGGGUAAAGAUGGCUUGAGGCGAAGAUAGGGACUGGACUGCUCUCCAUCCAGGGCUCGAGGAAGGAAGAAAGCUACAGGGAGAGAAGGUAGUGCAGAAGGCAUUGUGAAGAUGAACAUUCAGUCAGCCAUCAGCCGUGAGAUCUUUGUCCCAAGAGAUGAAAAGUUACUGGUAGCCAUUGAGGUGAGGAGGAGGAUGAAGAAGAAAGGACUGUCCUUCCUCAAUGCAGGUCGCAAGCGGGACUACUUAACUUACCUCUGCCUGUCAGUUACUAACAGUAGACCAGCUCAAGUCCUCAUCACUAAAGUUAAGAGGUAUCGGGGCACGAGGCCGUUUGCUAAAAGGUCUCAAUGGUCUGUGGAGCAGCUUCGCCAGGUCAAUGGCAUCAACCCUGAUAAGGACACUCCUGAGUUCGACCUAGUGUUCAAUCGCACCACUGAUCAAUGGGUGGCCAGCUCAGCUGCAGAGAAAUGCAUGUUUGUGCAGGUUCUCUAUCAUGCUUGUCAAAACUACUGGGAGGCCAAGCUUGCCCAAGCCAACACAGCGUCCCCCAGAGACCAGAAGAUACCAGGAGCUCUGGAGAACAAGAAGAGCCCUGGUGCUCCAAGCCAAACUAGCUUUGUCAACUGUCAGCAGAAGCUAAUGGGAGAUUCUUGUUCUGUUAAUAUGGUCAUCUAUCGCUGCAAGAUUUUUUUGAACAGAAUGAAGAACAGUAUGACUGCAAACCAGGGUCAGCCUCGGCGUGAAGCAGCAGCUGUUAAAGCAUCCAGGAGCAGCCCGUCUCCUCCGGCGGUGAGGAAGAUGGGGAACGUGAUGCGGAGGGCCAGUCAGGUUCUGAGUGAACGUGGGGAGCGUCUGAUGAGGGCCGACGAUAAAACCAGCCACUUUCUGCACGGGGCCAAGCAGUUUGCAGAGGCUGCUCAGAAGCUGGCUCUGAAGCAGAUUUAGAGGUGUUCCUGAUGGCCUGCAAAUAAACAUUAAAAAGUAGCUUUUAAUCAUUUGGGCGCUUCUCAUCUAAUUCAGAUUCUGUUUUGGAGUACAAGGCAUUUUGUUCAGCUUUCUCUUCACCUGCAGAUUGGACUCAUAUUUGUUUUUUUCUUAAUGUUUGCAAGGCAUUGAGCAUUUCAAGCAGUUGUAAUGUGGUGUGCCCUGCUGUUCUGUCUGACUUGCUCUUUCUACAGUAAGCACAGGGUAAUAUAGCCAGCAGGUGGCUGGUCCUCUUCUGUGUAAUCCUACUGAAAUUGUGUUUGUUUUUGCGGUGGCAGAAUUUUAUCUUAUUUUUUUCUGGCAAAACUAGAACAGAUUGCCUCCUUUAAAGUAAUACAUCACAUUGAAAUGAAAGGAGCAUAGCUGAUGACUGAUUAAAAAUCUUUUUUUCAUUGUUGUUCUGCAAGCUAUACCCUAACAUUACUGUUUCAGAUUGUAAUGCUGCAUUUCUUUUUUUUUUUACAUGUAUCUUCACAUUGUGAAGUGGCAUUUAUAAGAGUUAGGGUUACUUUUGGGUGAUAUUUAUUAAUAUAAUGCAGGUUUAGCACUUCAUGUAUCUUAU